UCAAACCCAGUGAUUUUAGUUCUAAGUUGAACUCUGGGUUCGAAUCAAAUGACAUGACUCUUGUAAGUCUUGUUGGGGACUAUGAGAAGUAUAACUAUGGGAAGCUACUGCCUGACAUGAAUUUAUUUCUGAAAGAAGGUGACCAUGACACGCAUAUAUCCCAUACUUCUGUGCUUAAGUCACCCAUAGAAGCUGGAAAACAAUCUUUGGAAAACACGGCGCAUGGGCCUGACCUUGUGGGUUUUACUUAUGGUCAAGAUCAUAAAAUGGAAGGCAUUGCCAGUUCUGGGGAGCCCCUUAGAGUUGUUUCUGUUAAGCAUACUGGGUUUGGGGUGGCAGAUGAUGGAUCCAAGCUUUUCUCUAGUAAGCAGAUUGUGUUUGGUGAUUUGGCGAAUACAUCUGAAUCUCAGGAUAUUAGAUCUCUGACCCCUAAUCAAUCUUUUCAGGGCACUCUUACUGCCAAGGAAACGAUGAAAGAUGCUUUUGGAUAUAACUCAAGCUUGGAAUCCUCGGCUACUAGUCAUGGGACUCCUUUAAAUAUUAGGGAUAUUGUUUCUCAGUCAGAUAAUGUCAGUGAAAUGGAAAAUAAAUCUCCGUUGAUGUCACUGACUCAUCACAUUGAUAAAUCAACUAACACCCUCUUGAAUGGAAAAUAAAUCUCCGUUGAUGUCACUGACUCCAUAUGAAAUCCUAAGUAACUCAGAAACAAAGGAGAACCCAACAACCUUAUCAAAUGAUUUAGAACAUGAAAACUCUCGAUCUGUUUUUAGAGGAAGUGACAUUUCCAUGGGACGGAUAAAUACUUCAAUUGUAUUGAAUGGAAGGAGGAAUGAAAUUUCUUGUCAGAAGAAUUUGGCUGAUGAGUUUGGUAAAAGUCCCUCAAAUAAAGACUUGUGCAGUGUGUUGCACUAUAACAAUCCCUUGCACCCAGAAGAUGUACAGUAUUCCAGUGCAAAUGGGUUGUCUGGUUCAGAUGUAAUCUCGGUUGAACGAAAAAGAAAAACCGAAGAUAUGGCUAUAGGGAAAAAUGCUAAAAUCAAACGGAGCUCAAAUUUGGAUCUGGAACUCUUAAGUGACUGUGAAAUGUCAAAUUUUGAUCCUAAUCUGAUUCAUACAACAUUCUUCGAAGAAAUAAAACUUCUUUCUCAAUUAGUUGAAAAGAUGAAUUUGCAUGCGAUUGAUAGGUUGGUUGACAUUAUAAGCCAGCUUCAGAGGUCAAAAACCUAUCAGCUUCUCUCUGAUCAAAUUCAGAAUCGCAGUACUGAUAUUCGGCAAAAAAGAGCAGCAGAAACAAAACUGCUCUUGUGCAAACUUGUGCACGAGCAGGCAAAGUUGCAGCUGCUGCAUGUGAAGCGAGAGAGGUUACUGAAAAAAAGGCAAUCACUUGCCACUAGAAUACAAGAAUCUGAAGCGUUGAAGUUGAAAUUGAAUCAGUUAUCACAAAAUUCACUAGAUAUUCAAGCUUAUAAUCGGAAGCCCUUGGCCAAUGAGGACAUUCAGGAGUUCCAAGGUGAGAAUGAUGAAGUGAAUUUGAUGAAGCAGACGCUAGAAUAUAUGGAUACAAGAAUUUCGAACUUGACAAAAUCUUUCCUUUCAUCGUUGAUGAUGAAAGGAGCACCUAGCCCCGGUGAAACAAUUGCUUUUGUUAAUGAUCAUUUGUUGAAAAGAGCACGUUGUCAGAUCAUGCGAAGGGAUUUGCAGCUUUGGGUGGUAGAAGACUUGAAAAGUAGCAAAGAUCAGCACAUAGUUCUUAACUACCUUGAUCUAGUAUCUCAAAGGUUCACCGUCACUAAUGGUAUAGUCCGAAACAUGUCUGUUUCCAAUACAUUAAAUGAGAUAAUAAUAAAAAAGAAAUUCAAAGAUAUGGAUGCUUUAACUGCAUUUGGGUUUGUCAUUGAUUCUGGCCUAGUACAGAAGAGUGCUGGUGCUACAAGUUUGUCACAAGAAACUCAAGUGACUAGUUAUCUUUUGGGCAAUUUGGUCGAUGUGAUGCAGGAGAUACAAGCUGCAAGAAUAGAGCUAAAGAACCUGAUUUAUGCAAGGUUUUGCAGAUCCUUAGAAGGAAGUCUUAAUCUGGAGCUCCAUUUCUUUGAUCCAAACAGCCGAAAGAGGGCAACUGUAACUCUGAACACAUCAUGUCUAACAAGGGGUAUCUACCCAUCGGAGAUUAUUGCAUGCCAAAUUGACAUCCCAAUAGUUGAAUCACAACAUUCAUCUUCUCAAAAACUCUCUGCUGAGAUUGCAGCAGCACUUGAAGAUCUCGUUGUGGGAUUUUAUCGGAUUCUACGGGUAUGUAGGUGCAUAUCACACUUAGUCAGCCUUCAAGAUAAAAAGUAAAAACCAAACAGCAGCUUUAUAAAGAGCAAAACAUGUAAUGUAAUCGUUGUCAACCACUUUGCCCUGUCUGUUUCUUUCCUUUUUUUAGUCUGCAAUAUCCUAAAAAAGGUAUAAUUAACUCUAUCACUUUGUAUAUAUCUUUAAUAAUCCACAAAAUAUUUGUUUAGUUUAUUUGAAAAA